AUGCUCUCAAAUAUCUCAGUGCUUCUGGGAGAGUGGAGCCUGGAGAAGCAGCCUUCACCAAGGAAGAACCUUCAUCAAGAGAGCAAAGCCACCUUCUUCCUCACAAGAAGGCAAAUCCAAGCCAUUGCCAGACUGUUAAUGUGCAUGAGUAUUUUGAUGACUUACUGCAGCAGUCUGAGAAUUUCCAGCUGAUGCAAUCAAGAAUAUUUACACAAUUUCAGGCCAGUGACACAGAGGGAAUGUGCUGUGGAGGGGGCUGCUAUAUUGCAAAAUAUGCAUAUGGAGAAAGGGAGCAAGUCAGCAAAAGGGUGGGGACAUCAACAGGAGCAAGUUCUGCUGGCGAGUUCCUUCUGUGCAAUAAGUUUUGCUCUGAGAAGGCUGCUGAGCAUAUGGUGGAACAUGGGAUCAGAUGACUAAUCCUGAACUUUCCCAUAUCAAACUAGAAAUUUCAUUUUGUUUUGCACAAAAAUACAUUUUCUAGUGCACGUGGAGGAGGAGACAUUUGGAGAAAAGAGCAGCAUAGGCAGAGCUGUGCCUUGGGGACUGAGCAGCCGUGCUGACCAUGAGCGAGCAGAGCCACAUCAACAGCCUGUUCCUCAACGAGGACGCAGACAAGCGGCUCAAUGCCGAGAGCCGGGUGCAGCGCUUCUGGCAGGCAGUGCAGAAGCGGGCAGCGCGGGCCAAGAAGCGAAUGCACAGUAUCACUGCCGACAGUGCUAAAAGCUUCUUCAGAAGAAAUGCCUUUGUCCUCUUCACCAUUGCUGCAGUCUUACUAGGGAUCAUCCUGGCAUUUUCCCUCCGGCCCUACCAGCUGACCUAUCGCCAGAUCAAGUAUUUCUCCUUCCCCGGCGAGCUGCUGAUGCGUAUGCUCCAGAUGUUGGUUCUUCCUCUCAUUGUCUCUAGCUUGAUUACAGGAAUGGCCUCGCUGGAUGGCAGAGCCUCAGGGAAGAUGGGGAUGCGGGCUGUCGUCUACUACAUGGUGACCACGAUCAUAGCAGUUUUCAUUGGCAUCCUCAUGGUGAUCAUCAUCCACCCAGGAAAAGGAUCUAAGGAAAAGCUUCACCGAGAAGGCAGAAUUGAGCAGGUGCAGACCACAGAUGCCUUCAUGGACUUGGUGAGGAAUAUGUUCCCACCCAACCUGGUAGAAGCCUGCUUCAAACAGUACAAGACGCAGUACAGCACCAGGGUCUUCACCAGAACCAUCCUCCACAGCAGCAAUGUCACAGCAGGUGUGACAACCACUCAGAUCCCUGUGCCUGAGAACUUCACUGGCAUCCUGGAGAACUUCACUCAUGCCCUGGGGACCAUCUCCGAGGUGCUGACAUUUGAAGAAGUCAUUCCCAUCCCAGGCUCAGCCAAUGGGGUGAACGCGCUGGGGCUGGUAGUGUUCUCCAUGUGCUUCGGUUUGGUGAUCGGCAGCAUGAAGCAGAAGGGACGGGCCCUGCGGGAGUUCUUUAACUGCCUCAACGAAGCCAUCAUGAGGCUGGUGGCCAUUAUCAUCUGGUAUGCCCCAGUUGGAAUCAUGUUUUUAAUUGCUGGCAAGAUCCUGGAGAUGGAUGACCUAGCAGUGAUGGGAGGCCAGCUGGGGAUGUACACGCUCACCGUCAUCGUUGGACUCCUCAUUCAUGCCCUCUGCAUCCUGCCACUGCUCUACUUCAUCGUCACUCACAGAAACCCCUGGGUAUUCAUUGCAGGGCUUCUGCAGGCCCUCAUCACAGCCCUGGGCACCUCCUCAAGCUCAGCAACUCUGCCCAUCACCUUCAGGUGCCUGGAAGAAAACAAUGGUGUGGACAGGCGCAUCACGAGGUUUGUUCUGCCUGUGGGAGCUACAAUUAACAUGGAUGGCACUGCUCUGUACGAGGCCCUUGCAGCCAUCUUCAUUGCGCAAGUCAACAACUAUGAACUUGACUUCGGGCAGAUCAUCACAAUAAGCAUCACUGCCACGGCAGCCAGCAUUGGAGCUGCAGGUAUUCCCCAGGCAGGACUGGUGACUAUGGUUAUAGUGUUGACAUCAGUAGGGCUGCCAACUGAAGACAUUACACUGAUCAUCGCUGUGGACUGGUUUCUGGACCGCCUUAGAACAACCACCAACGUCCUGGGGGAUUCUCUGGGGGCUGGCAUUGUGGAGCAUCUCUCCCGGCAUGAGCUAGAUGCACAGGACUGCGAACUUGACUAAACAGACCCAGUAUACCCUCACAGACUAUUUGUCCAACUUUUCAAGAAAGCACUGAAUUCUAAUCCUGAAGAGACUUCCUUUAUAUCAAGGGCAAACUGACAGAUGAAUUGGAAGAAAAGAUUGUUGGAUUGAACUCUAGCUCAAAUGGGAAUUAAUCCUGGGAAGUCCUAUGGCUUGUGUUAUACAGAGAGUCAAACAAGAUGAUAAUAAGGGUCCCUUCUGGCUUUAUAAUAUAUGCACGUGCUUUCUGGUUUAGAAAUAUUGCAAAGGGUCCUUCCAGCCCAAUCAUUUUGAAAAGCUACCUGGAAGGAUCCUAAUGAUACUUUAAUAAAACUCAGCAGGAGCCUAACCUGUUUUCAGUUGCUGUUAGCAGACAUGUAAACAUAUGACAAAAGGGGCUCUCCAUAACACAUUGCAUCAACGUGAUCUCAGAUCGCCCCACAAAGUAGUACACUGCAAGCCUUGCCAUUUGUGAUUUCCUGCUUUCAACACAAGAUUAAUGGAGCACAAACAAGUAGAGGCCUCAUCUUCAAAUACUGAAAACCAGUCUCCCAUGGGGAAUUUCAUAAUUCAGCUGAUAGUUUUUAGCUCUGGUGUUUACCCAUGUUGUUAAUCAGUUUAUGAUUGGUAUUAUCUAUCUGUUUACAGUACCUGAACAGUAAAGUAUUGUCAGGAAUUUGCAUAUAUAUACACAUACACACACACCCCCCCAUAUAUGAAGGGGGCACAUGUGCACAGACAUACAUAUACACAGAGUUAAUUUUUUUUGUUGCUAAUCCAAGAAGGAAAGGCAAUACUAAACUCUCACUCUGUAAAGCUGCACACAAUUUUGGUGCCCACAUCGACUUAUCUAACUAAUCCCAUCCUCGAAACAACACAGGCUAUUUUACUUCCUUCAGUAAUGAAUCUUCCAAAGCAAGGUUUACCAGGAAGGAGCUCAAUCCAUGCCAAUUUUGAGUUGUACCUGCCGGUGAUGUAACAAGAACUUCUCAAUGUACAGAGAAAAUUCUCCACUUUGACUUCCCUGCGUAUAUCCCAAGGACCCACGUCCCCACUACAUCUGACUUGGCAAGGAGGCAGGCUUUAAGAGCUAAGCCAAGAAUACAGAAGUGUUUGUACUCCUUCCAAACCCAAUGCUGACCUUGUACUAACUCAGCCUUCAAAAGUAGCUAACUGAAAGUAUUUAUCAACUGUCUUUUUAAAUCAUCCGAUACUUGAGUGUGGAGUAAGUGAAUGUGGCCUCCCGUGAUCUCAUCGCCCUUAUUGGACGCAAGCCGUGGGAUAGAAAAACAACCCACAAAAACACAGAACUGAGGCCUUGAUACGCGGGACAGAAGGUCAGGAGCACAGCUGGAGCACCGAAGCAGGAGAGCGCGCUUAUCUAUGUUUAUACCAUACGUGGAGCUAGUGUGAUAGAACACGUUCAGAGGCAGCGAGAAUGGAAAAAGACUAGCUCAGGAGGCAGACUAUAUUAAGGCUGCUCUUUUGUGAAUAAACAGCUUUUGGCUUUGCUUGUGCAUGAAUACGGAGUCUGUGUCAUGAAUCGCCACACUUGAGAGUUUAUGCAGUCUUUUCUUCACUGCAGUCCUGCUGCUUCUACUUGCAGAAACUUUCUGAGUUUCUCCUAUUUGCAGAGAGAGUUAUUCCUAACGAUUAUAUAGGCAAUAUUUGGGAUGAAACAAAGAGCUAUCUCAAUGCAUACAUACACGAGGAGCUCUUGGAUUAGAGCACUUCUCUUCAAAAUUAAUUUUAAGAGAGAAAAUCCAUGAAGAAUAUGGAUUUUCAGAUGAUAGGCCAUGUUCACAUUACAUAUGUGAUACAUGCACGUUGAUUCAGGAGUCAGAUCUGCCCUGAAAUUGUAUGUCCUUCUCUUGCUCUGCCCAAGGAAGAAAGAGAUAACUGGAGAUCCGUCCUGUACAGUGUGUUCAUAGCAUUCUGGCAGUUUGACUAUGUUGAUUCCCGAGGGCUUUUUCUUCAUGCUGUGAGUUUCAGUGUUAAUAAAGAUAGUUUGCAUAUUUGAAGAAUAAAGGGAAUUUUUUUCCACAAUGCUUUUCCAUUUUUUUUUUCUAUUA